UUCUUGUCAAACCGGUUUGGAUCGUGACAUCAGUCAUUGGGCUGGACAAGUCACGUGAUCGAUUCCUCUUCACCUGUAGCACCAUCGGCGGAAGACAGGCGAAACUGUCGAUACCAGAUAGUUUUUUGAGGAACAACUGUUUUUAAUCCUGCCAGUGAGGCGAUGUUACUACAGUACUGAGUUCACACUGCUGCUAGGACCAUCCCCAUGUCAUUUGGAAACGGGUCAGCAUCCCGCUUUGACCGGGUCCGAGAUAUGCCUCACUAUGAUCAGGUGCCCAUCGGCUCUAUGCCGUGGGGUCAGCAACCUCCUUACCCCCUUGGUGGUGGAGUAGCAGCAUCCAGUUUUGAGAGUUUACCACCACCUCCGCUACCUGAAAAUCCCCCUGUUGGACCAGAAUUCUACCCGAGUGAUGUUGAAGACCAAGUGGAUGAUGCCAUGGACAUCAAACCCAUCCGACGCUUCAUUCCUGACUCUGUGAAGAACUUCUUCAGGGCCAGUGUCAACCGAGGAAGCAAAAAAUUGACUUUUCCUCUACCACCACCACCAAUAGAUGGAAACACCACCAGCCAAGGCGUCCCGUGUUCCCCUCCACACUCUCGGGCACCAUCGCCAACAGCUCCCAGCUCUUACCUAGACCCUUAUGGAGGAUCUGGGGGCAGCUACACUUCAAGGAAGGAGCAGGCAAUGUUAUUAGGGGAGCCACUGGAAUCAGUUUCUGGACGCUCUUUGCAGACGGCUAUGACUUACAGUGAGAAGGUGGAGGAGUACAAUCAGCGCUAUGCCUACAUGAAGUCCUGGGCCGGACUCUUGCGUAUUUUAGGAUGCGUGGAGUUGCUUUUGGGUGCUGCUGUUUUUGCCUGCGUCUGUGCAUAUGUUCACAAGGAUAAUGAGUGGUUUAAUAUGUAUGGUUACUCAAUGCAUCAGGUGUAUGGGGGAGCAUCAAUGGGUGGGAUGUAUGGAGGAUAUGGGUCUUCAUACUCAGGACCUUUGACACCCUUUGUCCUUGUGGUUGCUGGAGUGGCUUGGAUAGUGACUGUCAUUAUAUUAAUCUUAGGAAUAACCAUGUAUUAUCGUACCAUUCUACUCGACUCCAGCUGGUGGCCAAUCACAGAGUGUGUGGUAAAUGUGGCAUUAGGAUUGCUCUACUUGGCAGCUGCAAUUGUGUACGUGCGAGACACACUUCGUGGAGGUCUCUGCUAUUAUCAACAAUUCACUGUUGGGCCCAAUGCAGGAUUUUGUCGGACUGAAGCUGGACAGAACGCUGCCAUCAUUUUUCUCUUUGUAAACAUGCUGUUGUAUCUUGUUGGAGCCAUCGUCUGUCUAAAGAUGUGGAGACAUGAAGCUGCUAGGAUGCGCAGAGAGAGAUUGGAACAAGAUAUGAAGUCAGAUGGGCUUCCACUCAACAUGAUUGGUGCCGGCUCAAGUGUCUCAGUGCCCAUCCAAAGUGCUCCAGUAAUGACCAAGCUAGAGACUUUUGAUGGCAUGCCUGAUCAUCCAGCUAUGAUGGAACCGGAGAUUUUGAGGGGUCACAUCCCUGCUGGCCACAUCCCCAAACCUUUGGUCAUUGCAGAUUAUGUGGCGAAAUAUCCAACAAUCCGCACUGAUGAGGAGAGGGAGCGCUACAAAGCUGUGUUUAACGAUCAAUACGCUGAGUAUAAAGAACUGCACGCCGAGGUUCAGGUUUUAACACAGAAGUUUGAGGAAAUGGAUAAUCUGAUGAGGAAUCUACCACAACGACCUUCCAGCCAGAUGGAGCAAGAGAGAAUCAGUAGCAUUGUUCAAGAGUAUAACAGAAAAAAGGCUGACCCAACUUACCAGGAAAAAAGGGAGAGAUGUGAAUACCUGAAGAACAAACUUGCUCACAUAAAGCAGAAAAUUCAGGAGUAUGACAAAAUCAUGGACUGGAAUGAUGGUUACAGCUAGAUGGAACCCCAAUAUACUUUUAAAAAUCAUGUUAAACUUUACAGAUGUUCCAAGAAAGAAAGUGACAUGCCUGAAAGUUACGUGUUUGGUUUGGGCUUUGUUGGUAGCAAAAUCAUAUUAAAUGCAGUAAAUAAUGAAGAACAUUUUAAAGCCUCAAAUUUAAAUAGUUUUAACAUUCGAAUAAAUGUUACUUACUAAAAUAUUGGCGUAAAUAUUAAGUUAAAGUUUCAAUCACAUAUAUAUAUAUAUGCGUGUGUGUGUGUGUGUGUGUGUGUGUGUGUGUGUGUGUGUGUGUGUAUUACGACUUCUGAGGAUCAAUAAUUGUUGAUCAAUUAACUGCGUAUACCCUCAGUAUAUUCAACGGUUUUCCUGAUUAGACUUCAGUAAUUGUUUGUAUUCGCGUCCCCUUUAACUUUAUACCAAAUGUUUCUUUUUACUCGCAUCUUGUUGCAAUUGGUGCAUUUUUGUUCAACUUGCGUCGUUCCCUGAUCAUUGACGACCACAGCAGCCGUGAGAAUAUUUCGUGAGAGUUCUUAGAAGAUCACAACAAACCAACUGAAUGAUGUCUCGCAUGGGCGUCGCUUUAGCCCCCGAGAUUUCUAUUCAGCCCCUCUCAAACUUUUGCGGCUACUUCAUUAAUUGUACACUAUCUAAAUGAUAGCCUCAGCAGUCUCCUUCAUAUUUGACACAAAAACGGCGACAGACUUCUCCGUUUUUCAUUUAGUCAGCAAACCGCAGCUGUGCAGAGCGAGAGCACAAGGUUCUCGAUAGAUUGUGUAUAAUAAUGUCGGCAUAUUUGCAGUUCUUUGCUAUAGAAACACUUGCUACCUCGGCGCUCCCCUCAUCACAACUGCUUCCUCCAGUGAAGUGUAAAUCUUAACAAACAUUUUGUUGUGCUUUUUUCACAUUUAAUUAAGAAAAUAAAACGCAUGACGGUGCAUGUGGCAUUGCCAGAAUCAUAUGCACAGAAUUAAACAGUGACAGAACCACUCAGUUAAUAUUCUCAUUUUAACUGCAUAUCUGUUUUCCUGAUUUAAAUGUAUAUAUAUAGGCUAUAUUUUUAAUAUGGGCUGAUUUUUUAUUUUGUGUUGUUAUAUAGAGAAUUUAAUGUAAAAGGUAGGCUAUCUUCAGUCAUCACUGCAGAAAUCCUGGAUUGCUUUUAUAUUUAUAGAUUUGUUAAUAAAAUAAUAGUUUCUUCUUUAUGUGAAUUUUUACAGUAAUAUCUUCUAUAGUUUUUGUAUUUACGUCAGUCUACCUUUAAAUGUAUUCCUUUUUAUUAAUUGUGGAAGUUACUGCACUGUAUUGUUACAAGUUUCCUUCUUUAUUUCUUAUAAAAUAAAGAGCUAGUAC